CUUUUGCUCUGUGCCAGUUCAGAAUGAUGUACUAAUGGGAACUCAUUAUCAAAAAGGAAUGAAGAUGUAAAAACUAUUUUUUUUGCACUGGUCUCAAAAAUGUCAAGAGUGUGAUUGUUGAACGGAUAAUAGAUAGUGGAGGUACAAAAAUGGCUUUUCAGCGAUCUUCUAACAACAGUACACAGACCAUUGUACCUCAUAAAAGGAUAGAGGAUGAGUCUGUUAUCAAGAUGAUCUACCAGUUUGGACGAGAUCUGGGGAAAGGCAGCUUUGGUGUUGUCGUCCAAGCUACACAUAUCUCCACAGACACAACGUGGGCCAUAAAGAAACUAAAUAAGGAAAAGGCUGGAAGCCAUGCUGUUAAAAUGCUGGAGAGGGAGAUUGCCAUCUUGAAGAUGGUGGACCAUGAACAUAUCAUUAAACUAGAAGAAGUUUAUGAAACAACAAAGAAAGUCUACCUUGUCACUGAAUUCUGCGAGCUUGGGGAGCUGAAGGGAAUUCUGGAAGAGAAAGGCCACCUGAGUGAAUCUGAAACAAAACACAUUGUAUCCAGCUUGGCCAGUGCCAUCUUUUACCUCCACAAGAAUGAUAUUAUUCACAGAGAUCUGAAGCUGGAAAACAUCCUGGUAAAAAGCAAUAACAAUGCAGAUGAUGAGGAACUAAAACUUAAUAUCAAAGUGACAGACUUUGGCUUGUCUGUGCUGAAGGAUGGUGCAGGUGUUGGCAGUGAAUCGAUGUUACAGGACACAUGUGGUACACCUUUAUACAUGGCCCCAGAGAUAAUCAAUAACUAUGACUACAGCCAGCAGUGUGACCUAUGGAGCAUUGGAAUCAUCAUGUAUAUCUUGCUGUGUGGUCAAGCUCCUUUUACAGCUACAACUUCAGAAAAAUUAUAUGAGGAAAUUACAAAAGGGGAACUAGAUUUUUCUCAUUCAUCUCUGAAGUCUAUUAGUGAGAGUGCUUACUCAGUGUUGAAAGGCCUUCUUAUAGUGGAUCCAGCCCACAGAAUGACAGCCAGCGAAUUGCUAAAUCACCAUUGGAUAACUGGGGAUGCCAGUAAGAGCAAACAGCCCAAAAAUGUGUUGGAAAUGAUGAAACAGUGGAAACUAGGUAACAAUAGCGACAAUGAGGAAGAGGUGGUAAAAGAGAACGGAGUGAAUGAGGAUAAUGACCUUACCCAAACAGAAGGAGAAAUGAAGACUGACCUCAAGUCCAGCAAAGUGCUUUCACGUACUACAAAGCCAUCAGGUGCAGGUGCAAGGCAAAAACGCCAUUCGAUUGAUAUUGCAUCAUUGCCAGCUACUUUUACAUCGAAACGUCAUCUGGCGUUCAAUAGAAAAGGCCGACGAAAGUCAGAAUCAGCAGCGAAUGCAGGAAUAUUUAACAAAGUGACCACCCAGGCUUCUCUGCUGAAAAGAUAACGUUUUGUCGAGGAGGCCCGUUAUCAGCUGCCAGCUCACAACCAGCUCUUCAAGUGUGAAAUCUGCUUCUAACUCAGCAUGAAGCCACCCCACAACUGAAAGGAAUAAUUAUUCUC